AUGAAACCUCAUCUUGUCGUUAUUGUUGGCGCCACGGGCACUCAAGGUGGUUCUGUUGCCUAUUCUUUGCUUAAAGACCCCAACUUUGCAGUCCGCGGACUUUCACGUAACUCCGAAAGUGAUUCAGCAAAUGCCCUCAAAGCACAAGGUGCUGAGAUUGCUAAAGCCGACCUUAAUGAUGAAACGAGCUUAGUGAAGGCUUUUGAAGGAGCGUAUGCCAUUUUUGCAGUCACGAACUUCUUCGAGCCGGCCGGUAAAUUUGGAGUAGAAGAGGCAAGAACGAUUGAGUACCAGCAGGCCAUUAAUAUGGUCCAAGCGGCGAAGAAAACACCUACUCUUCAGCAUUAUAUCUGGAGUACUUUGCCUAACAGCAAUCAUCUGUCAAAGGGCAAAUAUAAUGUCCAUUUCUUCGAUGUCAAAUCAUCUGUCGAUGACUAUAUACGGCAAGAUGAAGAGUUCCUUGCCAAAACUACUUUCGUCUAUUUCACCAACUUCGCGUCGAAUAUGUUCUACCCUGUCUUCCUACCAAACUAUAUAAAAUCGGCGAGCAAGCACAUCCAGAUGCUUCCCGCGGAUCCUGAGAUGCCUAUCUUUUCUAUGGGUGACGCAAAAGUUAAUGUAGGCAUCUUCAUACGUUCAAUUUUGCGAAACCCCCCAAAGACGGGGGGUACUUACGUACUUUGCGCUGUGGACAAAUUUACCCUGCAGUCAUACCUGGCCAAAUGGGGUGAAGCCACUGGUUUCGCCAAGGAGGAGGGAUCAACUGCAGUUAUCCCUAUCUCUUUAGAUGAUUACCGCCUUCUUUGGCCAGGUUAUGGUGAUUUGAUGGGCGAGAUGGUUGCUUUUUGGGCCCUGCUUCGCGAAAAUAGCUGGGUUACGCCCCUGGGAACCGACCCAAUGGGAGUCCAGGAAUUGAUGUCUGAGGAGGAGCAAAAUGAGCUUCAGUCAACCGCAGAAACCUUUAGGAUUGCGGCGGCAGAGUUUCAAAAGUUACUUUAA